AAAAAAUUAGAGCUUUUCCUUCCCAAAGUCAUUGAGACUAGUUUUCUCAAUGUCAACCAUCUACAUCGACAAACCUACUCCACCCGCCGGUGUUCGUAUCAAAAAUGCCAUCAAGGGUACUCCUCGUGCUGCCAAGAACUACUUUACGCAUCUGUUGCCCAUUGUGCAUUGGCUGCCAAAGUAUAAUCUUCAAUGGCUGGCUGGCGAUCUCGUCUGUGGCAUCACCGUUGGUGCAGUGAUUGUGCCGCAAUCCAUGGCUUAUGCCAAAAUUGCUGGCCUGCCUCCUCAAUUCGGUCUCUAUUCAAGCUUCGUCGGUGUAGUGAUCUACUGUUUGUUUGCCACCUCAAAGGAUAUCUCCAUCGGAACUACCGCCAUUAUGUCGCUCCUCGUCAGUCAGAUUAUUUCUUCAGUCAUGGCAGAAACCGCUGACUACACCGCUCCUCAGAUUGCCAUCACCUUGGCUUUGUUUGGCGGCUUUAUUGUGUUUUUUAUUGGUAUCAUACGGCUUGGUUUACUGGUCGACUUUAUUUGUCAGCCUACCAUCACUGGAUUCAUGGCUGGCAGUGCACUGACCAUUAUUAUCAAUCAAUCGAAUCAAAUUUUUGGUAUCAGCGGCAUUGACACCCAUCAGGCCCCUUAUCUGGUAUUCGGCAAGACACUAGCUGGUCUAGGUCGAACUCAAGUCGAUGCAGCUUUUGGUCUCGGAUCCCUCGUCUUUCUUUAUGGUGUCAAAUUUCUAUGCGCCAAAUGCAGCCAGCGGUACCCCAACCAUGCUCGAAAAUUUUUCUACGUCAAUGUUGCCAGAAAUGCCGUAUUGGUGAUUUUCACAACCCUUCUGUCGUACCUUAUUACCAUGCACCAGACCACCAGCCCUUUCCACGUUUUGGGUCCCGUUCCAGCUGGUUUCCAAGGCAUGGAGGUCCCGGUCAUCAACACUCACCUGUUGUCACUGAUUUAUACAAAAUUGCCCAGUGUUGUUGUCUUGUUGAUUAUGGAACACGUUGCCAUUGCAAAGAGUUUGGGCAAGAUGACAGAUUACAAAAUUGAUGUCGAUCAAGAGAUUAUCUCAAUUGGACUGACCAACAUCAUUGCUUCCUUUUUCUCGGCAUAUCCUUCCACUGGAUCGUUCUCAAGAUCGGCCGUUAUGUCUAAAUCGGGAGCCCGCACUCCGCUGGUUGGUCUCUUUGUUGCGGUUAUCGUUGUUUUGGCUCUCUAUGCGUUGACCCCUGCUUUCUAUUACAUCCCGACCGCUGCCCUCGCCGCGGUCAUUAUUCAUGCUGUCUCCGAUCUCAUUGCAGGACCAUCGGUCUGGAAACGUCUUUGGUCCAUUCAUCCUUGGGAAUUCAUGAUCUUCCUUACUGCCAUGGUUAUCACACUGUUUACGUCGGUCGAUCUAGGCAUUUAUGUCCCCGUGGCUUUGUCACUUGUGAUCCAGCUGUACCGCACCGCACGACCCGCAUACUCCAUACUUGGCAAGUUGGUUCUUCAACCAUCUAAGCAGGCCACAUCAGCUGGUCAAGAACAAACCGAAGCUGGAACCAUGUACUAUCCUAUGUCCCAUCCAUCUCUCAAGAAUAACCUGACCCAAAUUGCACCUGGUAUUAUCGCUUUUCGACCAGAGGAGAGUCUCAUCUUCCAAAAUGCCUCAUUCGUCUUUGAUAAAUUGACGGACGAGAUUAAGCAUACAACCAAGCGUGGCGUGGCUCUUCCCGAAUCAUAUGGUGAUCGAGCUUGGAAUGAAGCAAUGGGUGCUAAAGGUUCUGACGGAAACCUUCCUCUUCUCCGUGCUGUUGUCUUGGACUUGUCUGGCGUACAUCAAAUGGAUUCCACUGGUACCGAUGCAUUGGUUGAUACGGCUCGUCAAGCCGAACGCUAUUCUGGCCAGACUUGUCGAUGGCACUUUGUAGGUGUCGAAGCUGAUACCGUUCGACGUGGGCUACUUGCCUGUGGAUUUGGACUCCAGCGUCAUGGCACUCAGACGUUCUUCAUCAACGAUUUUGUAAAUAUGGAUGAAAAAGGUCACCGAUACGGUGAUGAAGGUUGUCUCAAGCGUAUUUCCACGACCAAUCUUAAUUCUAACCCCAGCCGGUGGGACGCUAAAGAAAAGAACCCAGCCGAGACCAUCACCACCGUUGAAGAUAUCGAAAAGGGCCUUCCAAUUGAAACUGUUUCCGAGCAACACAAUGGCGCCGGAUCGUCAUCCACCAUGGAUGAUGCUGCAGUUAGCACGGAUGAUGCUAGCGAGUAUUGCCGAUGCCACCUUGGUAGCACACUCGACGUUGGUGAACCUAUUGGUCUUGUCCGUGACAAAUGGCCUUACUUCCAUCAGACCAUGGAAGAAGCUGUAGGAUCUGCUGUUCUUGGUCUUUGAAAAAUACCCCCCAUCAAAUGUGGAUAGAUGUUUGUCGAUCUCCCGCUUUUUAUACCCUGCCCACCCCACCUCUCCUUCCAACAGACCUUUCCAUGGCUCGUGUUGUGAUUGUAAAGAUUUCUUUGUCUUGUCUUCCCUACUUGUUCUGUAUCAAUGAAAAAUUUCCGUUUAUAUCAUUUCACUCUAUUCAAUAUAUCUCUGUUAUCCGAUUUUUCUUAUUCCAAUCAAUUGAUCAUGUCAAAAGUCACCAUUUGUUGUGUUGUUGUUUCAA